UAUGCAUGUCUCCAUACUAAGUCUAAAACCAUUCCUAGAUUAGACUAAAAGACCAUUUGUUUCAUUGUUGGUAACGUUAGGCCCAUAGAGCCCAAACACAGCCCAUUAAGCUAAAUUUAACCCGACUCGUAAUCAAAGCACCCGAACCCGGAUCCGGUUAACGCAGGAUCUCCGAUUUAUUCUCCCUCCUCGAUUUCAGUGACGAGCCUGACCUCCGUCGCACCGUGCUUCGAUCUCUUCUUAAACCGCCGGUUCAUUUUCUCCGGUACACCGCCUAGUUCUUCUUAACCGAUAUAUACGAUUGAAAUGCGUGAUGUAAGAUUUGCUAUGAGCAUUCGACCAAGGCUGAGGAUAGUUGGCGUAGUGAUUUUAGCAGCAUGGAUUGGGUUUGCAGCUUUGUUUGGUUUGCUGAAACCUAUAAAGAAUGGUUGUACUAUGACUUACAUGUAUCCUACUUACAUUCCUAUCUCUGUGACGGAUGAUACAACUCCUGGAAGAUAUGGACUCUAUCUUUACCAUGAAGGUUGGAGGAAGAUUGACUUUAAGGAGCAUCUGAAGAAACUUAGUGGAGUUCCAGUUCUUUUCAUUCCAGGCAAUGCUGGUAGCUACAAGCAGGUCAGGUCUGUGGCAGCAGAAUCUGAUAGAGCGUUUCAGGGGGGGCCAUUUGAGCGCACAUUUUACCAGGAAGCUUCUCUAUUCCGUGAGGGAGGUGCAGAUACGGAGUUUGUAGACUAUGAUUUGCCUAGUCAGUACAGUAACAGACUAGAUUGGUUUGCUGUGGAUCUUGAAGGUGAACAUUCUGCAAUGGAUGGUCGCAUACUUGAGGAGCACACUGAAUAUGUCGUAUAUGCCAUUCAUAGGAUUCUAGAUCAAUAUAAGGAAUCUCAUGAUACCAGAGAAAGAGAAGGUGCCGCUGCGUCCAGCAACUUACCACAUAAUGUGAUAUUGGUUGGCCAUUCUAUGGGUGGUUUUGUUGCCAGAGCUGCUGCAGUCCAUCCUCGUUUGCGGAAAUCAGCUGUGCAAACCAUUAUAACACUCUCAAGUCCACACCAAUCACCUCCUCUGGCAUUGCAGCCAUCCUUGGGGCAUUACUUUGCUCAAGUGAAUCGAGAAUGGAAAAAAGGUUAUGAAGUUCAAACAUCCCCUGGGGGAAGUUAUGUGUCUGACCCAUUACUAUCCGGAGUUAUUGUUGUAUCCAUUUCCGGUGGCUACAAUGACUAUCAGGUUCGAUCGAAGUUAGAGUCACUUGAUGGCAUUGUCCCUUCAAGUCACGGCUUUAUGAUAAGUAGUACAAGCAUGAAAAACGUGUGGCUGUCAAUGGAACAUCAAGCUAUCUUGUGGUGUAACCAAUUGGUUGUUCAAGUUUCACAUACGCUUCUCAGUUUGGUGGACUCGAAAACUAAUCAGCCAUUUUCUGAUACUGAUAAGCGACUUUGGGUUUUAGCCAGAAUGCUUCAAAGUGCAUUAGCUCAAAGUUUCAAUGGAAUGACACCCAUGGAAGUCUCUCAUGAGUUACCCAUGUUGGCCUCAAAGGGCUCUACGUGUUCCCUGGAUUGGAGAGAUGAUGCACUCGAUAGGGAUCUAUACAUACAAACAAGUACUGUUACGAUUUUGGCAAUGGACGGGAGAAGGCGCUGGUUGGACAUAGAUUUAUUGGGGUCAAAUGGAAAGAACCACUUUAUCUUUGUUACAAAUCUGGCGCCUUGUUCUGGAGUAAGACUCCAUCUAUGGCCUGAGAAGGAGAAAUCAAAUUCAAAUUUACCGGUUUGUGAAAGGAUCGUGGAAGUUACAUCAAAGAUGGUUCUCAUUCCGGCAGGCCCUGCACCAAAACAGUCGGAACCAGGGAGUCAGACUGAACAAGCUCCCCCAUCUGCAGUGCUGAAGCUGGGGCCUGAAGACAUGCGUGGAUUCAGAUUCUUGACUAUCUCAGUUGCGCCUCGCGAAGCCGUUUCUGGUAAACCUCCUGUAGCAGUUUCCAUGGCAGUAGGGCAGUUCUUUAAUCCCGGAAACGGGGCCGUGGAGGUCUCAUCUCAAUCAAUGCUCUUAUCCACUUACUGGGCAAAGGAAAUAUUUUUGAAGGAGGACCAUCCUCUAGCUUACAAUCUAUCGUUUGCUACCAGCUUAGGUCUAUUGCCCACAACACUGUCCCUGAAAACUGCUGGAUGUGGAAUUAAAACUUUUGGUUUACCAGAUGGCGAGACAGGAGACUUGGACAAGGAUAAGCUCUGCAAAUUGCGUUGUUUCCCACCUGUUGCUCUUGCCUGGGAUUCUGCUUCUGGACUUCACGUUUUUGCAAAUCUCUGCAGUGAGACAAUAGUUAUUGAUUCAUCACCAGCUCUUUGGAGUUCUCAGAGUUCUGAGAAAACUACCGUUAUGCUACUGGUUGACCCUCAUUGCUCAUACACAGCAAGUGUUCAUGUUUCUGCUCCAGCCAUCUCCAGCAGAUUUGUCCUUCUAUAUGGUCCUCAGAUAGUUGGCAUCUCAUUUGCCGUCGUAAUGUUCGCUCUUAUGCGGCAAGCUAAUCAAUGGGACAACAAACUAUCAGUGCCACCAUUGCUCUCUGCUGUGGAGUACAAUUUAGAAAUGCCAUCUCCAUUUCUGCUUCUAGCUAUUUUACCUCUUAUAAGUUCAUUGUUCUACUCCUUCCUAAUGGCUCAACCAAUUCCUCCCCUCACAAGCUUCACAGUAGUCUCGUUGAUCUGUUAUUUGUUGGCCAAUGCCUUCAUCAGUGUGUUAACUUUUGUCUCCAAAUUUGCCUUCCAAGCGUCGGCCCUUGUCCACACCACUGUUAAAUCAAGGUGUCAAGCUUUGGAAAGAAACUAUUCUCUUGCUUUCCUUCAUUGGUUUUCUAUACUUUCUUCCAGCUUCGUCUGUUUAAAGCAGGCAAUCCGAAUUCUGAAGCUCAACACAAAAAUUGUUAUGACACUAGUCGCAGUUACCUUGGUGUCCUUUGUUCAUCCAGCUUUGGGUCUUUUUGUACUCCUCGCCUCUCAUGCCCUUUGCUGCCAUAACUCCAUGUGCUGUAUUGUGACGUCAUCGAGGAGAAAGGAAUCAGUCGACCAGAAAAAUGAAGCCGAGCGUAAAACGCGACAUCCCUCGAGCAGAGAGGAUCCCGUGUCAGGAGACUUGUCUGAAAAGUCAUUUGUUGAGACACAAGCAGACAUCUUCAACCACAGGCACGGCUUACUAAUAUUGCAUCUCCUUGCAGCUUUGAUGUUCGUACCCUCUCUUGCCGCUUGGUUCCAGCGGAUCGGAACAGGACAAAGCUUCCCUUGGUUUGCUGACUCUGCUCUCUGCGUUGGUGUAAUCUUCCAUGGAAUACUGAACUCGAGACCCGAGUCAAGCAUCCUACGCUCUUUCCCAUUUCUCUCAGGACACCAACUCCGUCCGCAUCACAUCUAUCUUCUCGCCGGCUACUACUGCUUCUUCUCCGGGCUAGAGUUGGCUCCAUACAAAGUGUUCUAUGCGAUAGCUUCUUUAGGCUAUAUCUCUUUGACUCUUAAGAUCUCACAGGUGAACAAGAACGACCUUCGUUUCCGUACUAAAAGCAGAAUACACAGAAACUGAGUUUUACAGUCGCAUGAUAACACAUUUCUGUGAGCCGAAAAUCGCAACUCAACCCUAAAAGCUCGAAUGAAUGACCGAGAUUUAUUUUCCAUCGGUCAGGUGGGUUGAUUGGGGAAUUUAGAAAUGAAGUCGGGAGAGUUUUGUUGCCGUUUCAAACUUGUCCAAUAACAUUAAUUAGAAUUGGUUUCAUUGUGUACUUGUCAUGUGUUUUUGUUUUGUAUUUCUCUCUAUAUGUAUGUUAUUUACUAGGAGCUCCAUCGCUCGAACCAGACUACUAUGAUAAAUUUUGUAUGAUUUGGUUUUGGUAAAUUUAAUGGAGAGAGAUUAUCAAA